AUGUAAGAAAUAAUUAUUACAACACUGUUGAAAUUUAAUGAGAUUUUAGAUGCUUUCUAAUAAGUAUUUAAGAUUCAUAAUUAUAAUUGUAAUUAACAACGAGAGAUUCUAGAAAAAUGUUUAGAUAAGGAAUAUAAUAGUAAUUGCAUUUAUAUUAGUGUUAACAAUAAUAAUCAAUUCUUUCCAAAUUAUAAGGAUUUAUAAGAAAUUGAACUUAAGUUCUCUAGAGAAAAAUAAUAAUAAGACAAUAAUCUUAUAGGUUAUAUAAACAUUAUUAUUUUUAGAAUUAAUUGAAACAAAUGUUCAAUAAGAAACAUAUGAAGUUAAAAAAUAAUUGGAUUAACUUAUAUUUAAUUAAAGUGAAAAGCUUAAUGAUUUCAAAUCUUAUGUAUAGGAUAUUUAUUUAACUAAAACUGAUAUUCGUCAAUUCAAAUUUAAUUCUGAAGAGAGAAUUAAUAAAUUGUAAGAUUAAAUUCAAUAAUUCUAAACUAAAUAUGCUCUUAAACUAUAUACAGAAUAGCAUAUUGUAUUUAAUUCAAUUUUUAUAAUUAGAUUGAUAUUAAAUAAGCUAUUUCUUAAAUAUAGUAAUCUACUAGUUUAAUGAAAUAAGAUUCUUAAACAUUACAUAAACUUAAUAGAGAUAAUAGAUAAAUGAUUAAGUAAUAAAAUGAAUAGUUAACAUAAAAAAUUGAUAAUCUCGAAAAAGAAUAAUAUAAAAUAAAUGAAUUCGAAAAAGAAGUUGAAAAAAUGAAGAACUUAAUUUAUGAAUAAAAAUCAGGUAUAAUAUUUAUUAAAUAUUUAUAGAAAAUGAAAUAGUACAAAAUAAAGUAAAAUCAUUAUCUUAACUAUUUUAAGAAUUGGAAGUUAAUAAUUCAAAAGUUGUUAAAUUUGAAAUUCAUACAGCAUUUAAAAAGGUUGAUGAAGAACUUACAUAUUUUAAAAAUAGAUAAUAAUGCUUUUAAGAUUAAUUAUAAUUAAUGAAAGAAUAAUUUUUAAAAUAUGAAAUAGCCUAAACUUAAUUUUAAAAUGGUGUAAAUGAAUAAUUUGAUUUAAUAUCUGCUGAAUUAGUUAAAAAGAAAUAAAUUAUCAAGUCAAUGCUUAAAAAUAUUGCACUUCUUCAGUAAUCGUAAAUAUUUAAUCAAAUAAAAAAGGGAAAAAAAUUAAAUUUAAUCUGAUUUACCAAACAAAGUGGCUAUAUUAUUAACAAAAGUAUCAUCUCUUGAAAAAACAUCAAAAAUAUCUUUCGAUCAAUUAAAAAGAAUAAUGGAUGUAGUAUAAGAAUUUUGUGAAACAUCAUAAAUUCCUUCAGAAAGUAAAGAAAAAGAUCUCACAAAUCUAAUUCUCUUGUUAGAUAGAAGAAUGUUAGAAUAUGGAAAAUCUAUAUAUGAUUAAUAAGUUUAGUUAGUAUAAAACAAUACAGUUAGAAUAAAUACUCCAAGAAUAUCAACAUCAGUAGAUUCACCAUUCAAAUUGGGUAAUUAAAAACAAAAAAAGACUAAAUUAAGUAAAUUGUUAAAUAAGACAGUAUAUUAUGAUAGUAGAAGAGAAACUAUAAUUUGA